CCAGCAGGGCCAACUGUGCUUCCAACCACUUGGCCCGCAGAUCUUCUUGUCUGAAGUCCUCAGUGAGGAGAGGCCUUUCGCUCUGCUGGAGAGACAGAGGAGCAUAAACCGGAUUCUCAGGUUUGCCGGUACAAGGAGGGCCACUCAACCCCCAGUUGGGAUUGUACAGCCAGUGGAAAUAUUUCUCCGGGAUUAAGGUGUGUUGGAGUCUCCAGGAUGGCAGCAAACUCGGACGCGUCCAAGCCGGUCAUCAUGAAUGAAGAGGAGCUGAAGAGGAAGCAGCGGGAGAAGCUGAAGAAGUUACAGGCCACGGGGGGCAACCCAAGACCUGCCAGAUCCCUGUUCUUCUUCACUCUUAAAAACCCCUUCCGAAAGGCCUGCAUCAACAUUGUGGAGUGGAAAACCUUUGAGAUUAUCAUCUUACUGACCAUCUUUGUAAACUGCGUAGCUCUGGCCGUGUUCCUGCCCAUGCCUGAAGAAGAUAGCAAUAACACCAAUUCCAGCUUGGAGAGUCUGGAGUACAUCUUCAUGAUCAUCUUCACAUUAGAGUGCUUUCUGAAGAUUGUCGCAUAUGGCUUUGUGUUCCACGACGGUGCAUAUUUACGGAACUGCUGGAACAUAUUAGAUUUUGUCAUCGUCUUCAUGGGUCUGGUCACCUUUGCCUUGGAUACCAUCAAUACGAUAGCAGGAGUUCCCAUGGAGAAAGGAGGCGGCUUUGACAUGAAAGCCCUGAGGGCCUUCAGGGUUCUGCGACCCUUGCGCCUUGUCUCUGGAGUCCCCAGCCUGCAGGUGGUGAUGAACUCCAUCCUCAAAGCCAUGCUUCCUCUGCUGCACAUCGCCCUGCUGGUCUUCUUAUUGGUCACCAUUUAUGCCAUCAUGGGACUGGAGCUCUUCAAGUGCAAAAUGCAUAAAACCUGCUACUACACGGGCACAAAUAUCUAUUCAACCGCCGAGGGGGAGAUACCUGCACCCUGCGCUGAGGCCGGGAACGGACGGCGCUGCAUGAUUAACGGCUCCGAGUGUCGGCCGGGCUGGGAAGGUCCCAACAACGGCAUCACCCACUUUGACAACAUCGGCUUUGCCAUGCUUACAGUCUACCAGUGCAUCACAAUGGAGGGAUGGACUAAAGUUCUCUACUGGAUAAACGAUGCCAUCGGAAAUGAAUGGCCUUGGGUCUACUUUGUUCCUCUCAUUCUUGUGGGCUCUUUCUUUGUGCUCAAUUUGGUUCUGGGUGUCCUCAGUGGUGAGUUUACCAAAGAGCGGGAGAAAGCCAGGUCCCGAGGAGAGUUCCAGAAGUUGCGGGAGCGUCAGCAGCUGGAUGAGGACCUGCACGGCUACAUGGAGUGGAUCACCCAUGCUGAAGUCCUGGAUGCUGACAGGGAAGGCAAAGGUCUCCUGCCUUUGACCAGUGGGGAUUCGGACACUGACAGCCUGUACGACCUGGAGGGCAAGAGUCGAGUGAUCUACUACUAUCGCUUGGCUCGUCGUUGGAACCGCUUCUUCAGGAUGAAGUGCCUGGUUUACGUGAAGACCAGAGCGUUUUACUGGCUGGUGAUGUUCCUCGUCCUCCUCAACACGCUGACCAUCGCCACCGAGCACCACCACCAGCCCGCGACGCUCACUUCAAUUCAAGAUGUGGCGAGCCGUGUCCUCUUGGUGCUUUUUGUCAUCGAGAUGUUUGUGAAAAUGUACGCUCUGGGUCCCCGGGCGUAUUACAUGUCGCUGUUCAAUCGUUUUGACUUCUUCGUGGUGCUUUGUGGCAUCCUGGAGAUGAUUAUGCUGUCGGUGGGAGAGGUGACCCCGUUGGGUUUCUCGGUACUCAGGUGUAUUCGGCUUCUGAGGAUCCUUAAAGUCACAAAGUAUUGGACCUCUCUGAGUAACCUUGUAGCCUCCCUGCUCAACUCUGUUCGCUCCAUUGCCUCGCUGCUCCUCCUCCUCUUCCUCUUCAUCGUGAUCUUCUCAUUGCUUGGCAUGCAAGUGUUUGGGGGAAAAUUCAACUUCCCCGACAACAGGCCCAGACGGAGUAACUUUGACAAUUUCCCUCAAGCGCUCAUUAGUGUCUUCCAGAUCUUAACAGGAGAGGAAUGGACAGCCAUUAUGAACAAUGGCAUCAUGGCCUAUGGCGGACCAGUUUUCCCUGGCAUUCUGGUUGCCAUCUACUUCAUCAUCCUCUUUGUCUGUGGAAACUACAUUCUUCUCAACGUCUUCUUGGCCAUUGCGGUUGACAACCUUGCCGAGGCUGAGAGUUUGACCUCGGCUCAGAAAGAAAAGGCAGAAGAGAAGUUGAGGAGGAAACUGCUGCGGUCCAAAAUGCCCGACAAAACAGAUGAGGAGAGGGAGAGGAUCUCCAAGAAAUUGGCUGAGCAGCGAGCCAAGAUUGAGGGCAUGCCAACGACAGCCAAGCUCAAAAUCGAUGAGUUUGAGUCCAAUGUCAAUGAAGUGAAAGAUCCUUUCCCCCCUGCAGACUUCCCAGGUGACGAUGAGGAGGAGGAGCCUGAAAUCCCCAUCAGCCCUCGACCACGACCCAUGGCCGACCUGCAGUUGAAGGAGGAAGCCGUUCCGUUGCCCGAAGCCAGCUCUUUUUUCAUCUUCGGCCCACAAAACAAGUUUCGUAAACUGUGCUACAAGAUCAUCAACGCCUCCUCUUUUACUAAUCUCAUCCUGCUGUUCAUCCUCCUGUCCUCCAUCUCCCUGGCAGCGGAAGACCCCAUUGAUCCCAAUUCUUACAGAAACCAGAUUUUGGCCUAUGCUGACAUUGUCUUCACGACCGUCUUCACCAUUGAGAUUGUACUGAAGAUGACCGUUUAUGGGGCAUUCAUGCACGAGGGCUCAUUUUGUCGCAACUCCUUCAACAUCCUAGAUCUGAUUGUGGUUGGAGUCUCGCUGCUCUCUAUGGGCAUGGAAUCCAGUGCCAUCUCCGUGGUGAAGAUUCUCAGGGUGCUCAGGGUGCUGAGGCCUCUCCGGGCUAUCAAUCGAGCUAAAGGCCUAAAGCAUGUGGUCCAGUGUGUGUUCGUGGCUAUCAAAACCAUCGGAAACAUCGUCCUGGUUACCAUGCUGCUAAAUUUCAUGUUCGCCUGCAUAGGUGUGCAACUUUUCAAGGGCAAAUUCUAUAGCUGCACGGACGCAUCCAAAAUAACAGAGGAGGAAUGCCAGGGAUUCUUCAUCAAGCACAUCGAGAAUUCUCUGCAGGACACGGUCGUGGCCAAACGCGAAUGGCUGAACAAUGACUUCAACUUUGACAAUGUGCUCUACGGCAUGCUGGCUCUCUUCACCGUUUCCACCUUUGAGGGCUGGCCCAAACUCUUGUAUCGAGCCAUAGACUCGGACGAAGAAGACAUGGGGCCCGUCUUCAACAACCGGGUGGACGUCUCCAUCUUCUUCAUCAUCUACAUCAUCCUCAUCGCCUUCUUCAUGAUGAACAUCUUUGUGGGCUUUGUCAUCGUCACCUUCCAGGAGCAAGGCGAGCAGGAGUACAAGGACUGCGAGCUGGACAAAAACCAGCGCCAGUGUGUGCAGUACGCCUUGAAGGCGCGACCGCUGAGGUGCUACAUCCCAAAAAACCCGUACCAAUACCGCGUUUGGUACAUCGUCACCUCCUGCUACUUUGAGUACCUCAUGUUCUUCCUCAUUAUGCUCAACACUUUGUGUCUGGGGAUGCAGCACUGUGACCAGUCAGACCACGUGACCAAGCUGUCGGACAUUCUCAACUUGAUCUUCACCGUGCUCUUCACCGUGGAGAUGAUUCUCAAGCUCAUGGCCUUCAAAGCAAAGGGUUACUUUGGAGACCCCUGGAACGUGUUUGACUUCAUCAUUGUCAUCGGCAGCGUCGUUGACGUCAUCCUGAUUGAAGUGGACAGCGCCCUCGCUUCCAGUGGAGGACUGUACUGUCUCCAAGGCUGUGCUGACACGAAUCCCAUGCAAGAAAUAGCAGCCUCGGAAAACGCCUCCGUUUCGAUCACCUUUUUCCGACUCUUCCGUGUCAUGCGCCUGGUGAAACUUCUGAACCGCUCCGAGGGCAUUCGGAACCUCCUGUGGACCUUCAUCAAGUCCUUUCAGGCUCUUCCCCACGUGGCUCUGCUCAUCGUCAUGCUCUUCUUCAUCUACGCCGUUAUUGGCAUGCAGAUUUUUGGGAAGAUCGCCUUAGUGGACGGCACCGAGAUCAAUCGCAACAAUAACUUCCAGACGUUCCCUCAAGCAGUUCUCAUGUUAUUUCGAUGCGCCACUGGUGAAGGCUGGGAGGAAGUCAUGAUGGCAUCAAUGUACGGGAAGAAGUGCGACCCCAAGUCUGACUUUCAGCCUGGAGAAGAGUACACCUGCGGCUCCAACUUUGCCGUCUUCUACUUCCUCAGUUUCUACUGUCUCUGUGCCUUCUUGAUCCUCAACCUGUUUGUUGCUGUCAUUAUGGACAAUUUUGACUACCUGACGCGUGACUGGUCACUGCUCGGCCCGCACCACCUGGAUGAGUUUAAGAAGAUUUGGGCUGAAUAUGACCCCGAGGCCACAGGCAGAAUUAAACAUCUGGAUGUGGUGACGCUGCUGAGACGCAUCCAGCCUCCUCUGGGCUUUGGCAAGUUCUGCCCUCAUCGCGCAGCCUGCAAGCGAUUGGUUGGCAUGAACAUGCCGCUCAACAGUGAUGGCACGGUCACCUUCAAUGCCACCCUCUUUUCCCUGGUCAGGACAGCACUGAAAAUCAAAACAGAAGGAAACUUUGAGCAGGCCAACGAGGAGCUUCGAGCCAUCAUCAAGACCAUCUGGAAGCGCACAAGCAUGAAGUUGUUGGAUCAGGUCAUUCCUCCAAUAGGCGAUGAUGAGGUCACCGUGGGGAAAUUCUACGCCACUUUUCUACUCCAGGAUCAUUUCCGAAAGUUCCUGAAGCACCAGGAAGAGUACUACGGAUACCGGCCAAAUAAGAAGAGUGCCUCCGGACCGGAGAUCCAGGCAGGUCUGAGGAGCAUCGAGGAUGAAGUGACUGCAGAAAUGCACAGGGCGAUUUCCGGAGACCUGCAGAAUGACGAGGACAUGGACAGAGCCAUGCAGGAGGCUGCAGAGGAGCACAUUUACCAGCGUACGCACGGCUUGUUUGGGAAUCAGAUUGAGCCGUUCUCUCCCGAGAACGCCAACGCUCCGCCCCCGCAUAUGACCAACCAGAGGCCCCUCAAAUUUUUGGAAAACCAGCCUGAGCCGGCACUGAUUGCAUCCCCCACGGAGCCCGUCGUCGACUUUCUCCCGACAACUGCCCCCAAAAGCAACGUCAACAACAACGCCUUUGCGGAAUUGGCUUUGCCAACUCGAGGCAGUCCUGAAGACUUGGACAGUCUCAAUGAAGAUGUCGAGGGAGACAACCUCCACUCGUGGGACUUCACAGUGAGAACAGACAGAACACAGUUCCCCUACGAACCGAGGCUCAGCGACAGUCCGAAUUCUGACGAUGCCAGGAUGGAGAUGGCCGACGACGAGCACACCACAAUCGAGGACCUUGAAGGCGCGGCUCGGGCUAUCCUCAAGAAGAAGCGACGUGUACCCGUACCUCCUCGCACCCCCACGCUGCCGCCGCAGCAGUCGGAGCGGCCCGACCCGGCCGUGAGGAGGAAGAAACGUCCUGUUCCCACGACUCCCGCCGCUCACCCUCAGCGCAGGGCCGGGCCGCCUGAGGCCGACGCCAACGUUUAGAGACGUGACCACGCACAUGCCGAUCACGUGACUUUUUCAUACACGUCCGCAAGUUCAUCGCUGACGGAGAAGCACUCCAUUGUGACGAAAUAACGUCAAACUGUUUUUCUCCAUCUGUGGUCAUUUGAGUCAGUCAUUAUCCAUGACAUCUUCUUGGUUACAGUCACCAAGCUGGCAAUGCAAUUGUUAGUCAUGAUGCAGCUCAGAUUGAAGUUCCACUUCUGGCUAUUGCCAUGACUUUUACAAAGUUUCGCGAGAGUGGAGUGUCGAAUGUUGUGCGACCUCACACACGGUUCUCAACUGCAGGAACGUUGUUGACAUUCAUAGUUUUGCAGAUUGUUUUGGUACAACUCCAAAUGAGGCCACUGUAUUUGAUUUAAUACCUCUCUGACAAAUUCAAAGUCGGCAUCAUUAUCUGGCUAAGGGCAAAUUAUUUCGCAACACUGUAACUGAAUUGUCGUAAACACUUGCUGCUGUUCAGUGAGAAACAAGUUCAAUGUUGCAGAACUGGUAAGUGCCGUAAGACCUAUUCAAGAGUGUGUUCUAUCUUUGGUGAAGAAAUAUUGUCUGAGGAUAUUUUUGCAUGUUAACAGCUGAGGGUUUUUCUUGAUAGUAAGCAAACAAUGUGGUUAUAUCAGCCCACGUUUGCGCCCCCCCCCCAAAAAAAAAUCAUGUUUGCAUCGUUAGCUCAAAGCUCACCGAAUGACAGACUGACUUUUCGCUGUUCAUGUUUUGCGCAGAAAUGCCAACUCGUUGGGGACUAUUUAAUAUUUGCCAUUUGUGACGGUACUGUGAAACUGCAAUCGGUUUUCCUUUUUUGGUGGGUUGGGGGGGGCUACUAUAUUACUCUGCUUUUAAUCAUAGCAUAGGGGCAAAAAUGAUAUUUUCUGUGAUGACCUUUACUUUUUUUCUGUAAGCAGAGUGAAAGUGUCACAUUGCAACACCGAUGAGUGACUGAAGCGCAAGGUCCAUUUGUGGCAAGGUAUUCUAUGUUACUUGUGUAUCUAAUAAAUUGGCGCGGCUGUGAGUUUGCUUGGACCCUGCUGCCCCAUGCAGAAGUUU